CGCCGUGGUGUCUCAAGUUUGAAAGUGGUGGUGCUGGGUACUCUUUAACUACUCCAGGGUUUGUGAAAGUCGUUUUUGGUUUGCAUUUAUUCUACCCACCUCUGUUACUCAUUCUAGGUGGAUAGAAUGCCUGAUGAGCAUCAAUUAACUGCUGGUGAUGAAAUUAGGGGGGUGCCCAGUCCUCCUAUACUGCGCCUCGUUCCGAAGGAGAAGGACCAGGACGAACUGCGCAGAUUUUCUUUUGCAAGUCAUUUACUAGCAGAUGAAGACAAUGUUAAAAGUGGAGUCGUGUACAGCAUCUUGAAAAGCGCAUGGAGACCCAAGGGAGGACUGGAGGUUCAUGAGCAGUCCAAGAACACCUUUAUCUUUCUCCUCUCUGAUGAAAUAGAGAAGGAUCGCAUCUUCCAGGAGUCUCCAUGGUUUGUGAAGGGGUCCCACAUCAUCCUUAAGGAAUGGCCUGAUUCACAGAGAUUUGAUGAAAUUGCCUUCUCCCACUCGGCCUUUUGGGUACAAGUUCAUGGAUUACCAAAAGGCUGUAUGACCCUAGAAAAUAUUCAACUCAUUGGCUCCCUCUUCCCCCGGUUAAUCUCUUGGGACAAAUCUACUUUGGGGGGCUUAGAGAGCUUCCUGCGCCUAAGAGUUGAAAUAGAUGUUCAUCUCCCACUAUUAUCAGGUUUUCAAUUUCGCAUGCAAGGGGAUGAAAUCUGCUCAGCGGUAUUUAAAUAUGAAAAAUUGGUUGAUUUCUGUUAUAGAUGUGGCAUGCUUGGCCAUACUCAAAAAACCUGCACUGAUUUUAGAUGGAAAGAUGAAGACGGAAACUAUCUCACACAACCAAGACCCCAAUAUGGCCCACAUAUGAGGGUUCAAGCUUAUUCUCCGAGGAAGCAUUUCGGUUCCAUUCGCGAAACAAAGCAGAAUCCGCAGUUAAGCAUGGAAUCACCGGCACACUUGGCUCCACUUCGGCGAGAUGCAAAACAGCCGGUAACAAACACACCAGUCAAUACAGAGCCACAGUUGAUCCAUGACGUGGAAGGCACACCAACAUUGGGUGGGGUACCAGCUGAUGACGAACGCGUGAACCAGCUUUCCUCAGACUCGCCGCCCAAAGCUUUUAUUGCUUGUAAUCCUUCCUGCAGUGACAUAAUUACUCAUCCAGCUGGAGGCUCACAAUCCUCACUGCCAUCCACUCCCACCCCCGAGCAUAUAACUCCUCCAUUAAAUGCGAUGGUGACCGAAGACGAUGCAUUCUUAUCUGUUCAGACUCUUGAAUGUUCAAGUACAUCGGACGAAUUCACUGGACGUCAGCAAACCUCCUUCCCCAUCCAAAUUGGCCCAGAGCAGUCUACUAUGGAUGUUGAAGUGGGCUUCAUUCUAUCCGAACAGGUAAAGGCCCAUUUAUCACUGGGAAGGUCGAUGAAUAUCGGGCAAAAACGUAAAACUGAGAUGGGGCCUUUAGAGCAUAUAUUUAAACGGGCCCGUAUUAGAGAUGCUGAAGCUUCUGAAUUCCUAUGCUCCCCUGCCCAAUUACAAGCAGCUCUCGCACUAGAUAGAUCUGAAUUCCACAAACAGGAUCAGCAAGGCUUUUUCACAAAUGUAAAUGAGACUAUCACCGUGAAGAAAGUUCGAAGAAGAAUCCGGCAGCAAGCCCUCACUCAUCAUGUGCGAUUUAAGCCAGAUGCUAGAUUCUCCCUUCUCCAAGAUUUUCAUCCAACACAGAUCCCCUUCAAUGAUCCCCCAGUUAUUCCAGAACUCCCUCUAGUCAAUACAACUCCAGCCACGCUUACCAACAUGAACAUCCUUUCGUGGAAUUGUCAGGGCCUUGGGCAAGCCUUGACAAGAAGAGUGCUGAAAGACCUUAUCUUUAAACACCGCCCUUGCUUAGUUUUUCUGAUGGAGACUAAACAAACCAUGAGGUAUCUGGAGGGAUUAAGAAGGAGACUCUCAUUUGCAAACAGAGUGUAUGUUAAUCCGCAAGGCUAUUCAGGGGGUCUAGCUUUGUGGUGGACAGACGAUGUUCAUAUUUCCAUAUUUUCAGCGGACAAAAAUUUGUUCGACGGAAGCGUGUCUGAUGUGGAUUAUAAUAUCACUUGGCAUUUUUCAUUUAUAUAUGGGGAACCUAACAUCCAAAUGCGAAGAGAUAUGUGGAGAAGGGUGAUUGCCUUGAAGCGGGAUGCCGUGAUUCCUUGGUUGUUAAUGGGGGAUCUCAAUUUGGUUGGAGACAGCUAUGACAAAAAAGGGAAACGCCCACCGCUAGUCACGGAUAGAAGGCUACUGGAGGAAUUGACUACCUCUUGUUGUCUCAGGGAACUCGCCUACAGAGGUGCGAGAUACACAUGGUCAAGAGGGAGCAUCAGUGAACGACUUGAUCGUGCCUUAAGUAAUGAACGGUGGAGUCAACUUUUUCCUAAUGCUCAACUUUUUCACUGUACUAGGAUUGGAUCGGAUCAUUGUCCUCUGCUACUUUGUUUAAAAGCCAUCCCUGUGUUCCCUAGGAAACAGUUUCGCUAUGAGCUUAAAUGGCAGCAACACCGGGAAUAUGAAGGAGUGAUAGCUCAAGGCUGGGCAACAGAACGCCCUGGUUCUCCUCUCUAUUGCAUGUCCUCUAAACUUGCUCAUUGUAGAAAACAUUUGAUGCACUGGUGGAAACACACAGGAAGAAAUUCUCGUCUUGAGGUGGAGCGUUUACAGAAGGAACUUGAUCAAUUACAAUUAGAAGAACAAUCGGAAGCAAACUUAUCCCAACAAAGGCUGUUGAUUGAUGAAAUUAAUUCCCUAUGGCUACAGGAAGAAACACAUUGGUUUCAGAGAGCCCGCACCAGUUGGAUACUCCUGGGUGAUAGAAACUCCAAGUACUUUCAUGCCAUGGCCUCUCGACGACGACAGAACAAUUACAUUUUCCAGCUGAAGGAUGACCAAGGCACACUUCUGGAGGGGAUUGACUCUCUUUUGGAUCAUGCUUAUUCCCACUUUCAACAGGCCUAUGAUUCCCCAGAAACUUGUUCUUUUACUCAGAUUGAGGGGCUUAUCAAAUCGUUGGUGACUACAGAAAUGAAUGAAGACCUAUGUCGAGUUGUUUCGGAUGAAGAAAUAAGGGCCACAGUAUUCCAAAUGGGCGCUCUAAAAGCCCCCGGAGUUGAUGGUUUUCCAGGGUGUUUCUACCAACAUCACUGGGAUCUUGUUGGCAAUGAUGUUUGUAGGGCUGUGCAGCAUUUCUUUACAACUGGUUUCAUGCUUAGGGAGAUGAACAAGACAAAAAUUGUUCUUAUUCCUAAAGUCAAAAAUCCUAAGGUGAUUACACAAUAUCGUCCUAUAUCUCUUUGCAACUUCUCUUAUAAAGUUAUUGCUAAAAUUCUGGCUAAUCGACUCAAAGCAUAUCUCAAUGACCUGAUCUCUCCAUUUCAGUCUGCAUUUGUGCCUGGUAGGUCCAUACAUGACAACAUUAUCAUUGCACAGGAGGCUUUCCACGGCUUACACCUAAAAAAGUCAGGUAAGCAUGGUGUUAUUGCUUUAAAACUAGACAUUCGGAAAGCUUAUGAUAAUGUUAAUUGGAGUUGCUUGGAAUAUAUUAUGAGGGCUCAUGGGUUUUGCGAUAAAUGGAUCCAUAUGGUGAUGCAAUGUGUCUCAACUGUGUCAUAUACAGUGGGAAUCAAUGGCAACCAAACUCCUUUUUUCAGCCCUCGACGUGGACUUCGUCAAGGGGACCCAUUAUCCCCAUAUCUUUAUCUAUUCAUUGCUGACAUUUUAUCUCGGUUAUUAACGGCAGCCACUUCAGCAAAGCAACUUUCUGGCUAUAGGAUCCGAAGAUGGAGCCCUAUUAUUAGCCACCUUCUCUUUGCAGAUGACUCCUUAAUCUUUUGUCAGGCUACAACAGAGGAGAUAUGCCAAUUACAGUCCAUUCUGCAAGUCUAUGGAGAUGUGUCAGGCCAAAAAGUCAAUUUCUCUAAAUCUGCUGCCAGGUUCAGCUCCAACACUCCAACUGAGGAGUUUGUCAAGAUAUCAACAGAAUCAUCAGGGAAUUUUGGUGGGGCCAACAAGCUGAGGAAAGAAAAAUAUGCUGGGUCAGUUGGAGCCAACUCUCAAAAAGCAAGCAUAUGGGAGGUAUGGGCUUUAAAGAUCUAUACUGUUUUAACCUGGCAAUAUUCCUCCUUUUUGGCUGCUAGAAAGGGAAGUCACCCUUCUUGGAUUUGGUCAAGCAUUUUACGAGGAAGAGAUAUCAUCCAAAUCGGCAUGAGAUGGAAUGUCGGGAACGGUCAAAAUAUUCUGAUUUUUGAAGAUAGAUGGGUUCCCACUCUGCCAGGAUUUAUGGUGACCUCUCCUGAAACUCACUCUUUGUUUACUUAUGUUUGUGAACUACUUGAUGAUGGGGGAGAAUGGGAUAUUACAAAAUUAAAUCUUAGCUUCAGCAACCAAGAGUGCAGAGAAAUUCUCAAAAUCCCGACUGGUGCAUGCCCUGACUCUUUUAUCUGGCAUUAUGAUAAAGUUGGGAAAUUUUCAGUCAAAAGUGCUUAUUUCCUUGCAUAUAAUAUGACCCGUGAACCAGGAAUACAUGAAACCAAUAGGGACAUGACCAUUGGAGAGUGGAAACAAUUAUGGCGAUUGAAAAUUCCCCCCAAGGUUCGGGUUUUUUUGUGGAGAGCCAUACUAAAUUCUCUGCCCUCUUUGGAUAAUUUGGUAAAAAGGGGAGUGUUACAAGAGAUGAACUGCCCUAAUUGUCAGGGAGCUGAUGAGACCUUGAUGCAUCUCUUAUUUUUUUGCCCUCAAGUUGAACUAAUUUGGUUUGGCUCCACCUUGGGUCUUAACCCUCGGCAACUGCGGGUGAAUUGUUUUAGAGACUGGUGGAGGUUCAUUAAUGGUUUAGCAAAGCAAAUGGGUUUACCAUCUCUGGUUGAUCAAAGUGCAAUAAUCUGUUGGCAUCUAUGGAAGGCAAGAAAUGAGAAACACUUUGAACAUGUGGAUUUUAAUCCUCAUCAAAUCCUUGCUCGUAUCUCUGCUACGAUCCAUGACUACUCCUCUAGCAUGUCUAAAAACUUACCGCUUGCCCCGUCUAGGUCACGAGCUGAUGGGAAACAACAACAAUCCUCCUGGGUUAGACCUCCAACGGGCUUCCUUAAAGUCAAUGUUGAUGCCUCUUUCUCUCCCCAAACGGGUUGUGCUGCUCUAGCAAUGGUUGGGCGCAACUUUAAAGGUGAGAUUUAUGUUGGAGAAUCCUGGCUCGCUAUGGCAUCAUCACCGCUUAUGGCAGAGGCGGUUGCUUUAUGCAAAGCUGCUAAAUAUAUGGAAAGCAUGGGCGCCCAAAAUGUCUUGUUUGAAUCAGAUAACCAAAAUUUUAUCCAUAUUGCAAGCUCAUAAACCAAUCCCAUGGGAGAUUAAGUCAAUCAUCCUGGCCCUUAGAGAAAUCUCUCAUCGCCACCCGCAGUUCAUGUUUUCCUUUAUCCCACGAAAGGAUAAUAAGGUUGCAGAUUGGGUGGCUAAACAGUCACUUAAAGGGCAAUGCCCCUUUUUUUGGGCACAUAGACCUCCUAAUGUUCUGUUCUCCUUACUGCUACAGGAUGGUCUUUGUAAAUAAUGUACAUUAUUAUGAUAUACUAUAUAAAUUUCCUUUUCCUCA